CCCAAACGAGAAAGCGGAGUCGGCGGAGGAGUUGGAAGGCCUUCAGCUUCAGGCGAUCAUUGGCUUCAAUGGACAUGUUCCCUUUGGUCUCAUCUGCCAUCCAGAUCGAGAGCAUCUUAUCUAUCCACUGGGUUGCACAGUAAUUAUUCAAAGCAUAAACACUCCGGGUCAAGCUUUUUUACAUGGUCACACGAACAAUGUCUCCUGUGUCAGUGUUUCUCCAAGUGGAAGUUAUGUGGCUUCUGGUCAGAUCACAUUCAUGGGCUUUAAGGCUGAUAUCAUUUUAUGGGACUACAGCAAAAAGGAGAUGUUGUCUCGACUGUCACUUCACAAGGGUAAAAUCGAACAUCUGGCAUUUUCUCCAAAUGAUCUUUACCUGAUUUCACUGGGAGGCCAAGAUGAUGGCAGCAUUGUGGUGUGGAGUGUCCAAAAGAAAGAAGCCAUCUGUGGUAGUCCUGCUUCUGCUCGUAGUGCUGGUAACCCAACCACACUGGUAUAUUCCAACUGCAAGGAUGAGAUGUUCAUCAGUGCGGGAAAUGGAACUAUUCGAGUAUGGGAACUGGAUUUACCCAACAGAAAAAUCCGACCAAUUGAAUGUCAAACAGGGCAGCUGAAAAGAAUAGUUGCUUGUGCCAUGAUGGCAGAGGAUGACAGCUACUUCUACGUUGGCACAUCCACUGGUGAUAUCCUCAAAAUCAAUACAAAAAGCACACUGAUGAGUAAUUUUGGCCCAAUAAAGGAUAAACACAGCUUGGGAGUUACAGCUUUGCUUUUGCUGAAAGUGGGUGACUUGGUCAUUGGCACUGGAGCUGGAAUCUUAGCCCUUUGCUCAGGAUCCAAAUAUAAAAUAAUCAAAAAAGUUCAGUUGGAAGGUGCUAUUACGUCCAUCACACCACGAGGCCAGGGCCACCAAUUUUUUGUGGGCACAAAUGAGUCACAGAUUUACCGAUUCUCAUAUUCUGACUUUAAGGAUGAGCUCAUAGCCACUUGCCAUAAUGAUGCUAUCAAUGAUAUAAUUUUCCCAUAUGGUACAUCUGACUUGUUUGCCACAUGUUCCAAGAAUGAUAUCCGUGUAUGGUAUACACCUGAAAAUAAGGAGCUGCUACGGAUUACUGUCCACAACAUGACUUGUCAUGCCAUAGAUUUCAUGCGGGAUGGCAAAAGCAUCAUUUCAGCUUGGAAUGAUGGAAAAAUCCGUGCCUUCACCCCAGAAACUGGGCGGUUGAUAUACGUGAUCGAGCAUGCUCAUAGUAUGGGUGUGACAGCUGUGGCUACCACAAGUGACUGCAAAAGAAUAAUCAGUGGAGGUGGUGAGGGUCAGGUGAGAGUAUGGGAAGUUGGGAAGGAAACACGCAAGCUAGAAGAAGUAAUGAAAGAACACAUAUCUGCUAUUUCUUGCAUCAAGAUAAAGAAGAAUAAUCAGGAGUGUGUCACAGCCAGCACUGAUGGGACAUGCAUUAUCUGGGAUCUUGUCCACUUCAUGAGAAGGCAGAUGAUAUUGGCCAAUACUUUAUUCAAAUGUGUAUGCUAUCACCCUGAUGAACAUCAGCUUAUCACAAGUGGCACAGAUAGAAAGAUUGGUUACUGGGAAGUGUUUGAUGGGGCACCAAUCAGAGAAUUAGAGGGCUCCCUUUCUGGUUCUAUCAACGGAAUGGAUAUUACAACGGAUGGAUUGUAUUUUGUGACUGGAGGUGAUGACCAUCUAGUAAAAGUGUGGGAUUAUAAUGAAGGUGAAGUGCUUUCUGUUGGGAUUGGUCAUAGCGGCAGCAUCACCCGCCUGAAGAUCUGUCCUAACAAUAAAUUAGUUGUGAGUGUGAGUGCUGAUGGUGCUAUCCUUCGUUGGAAAUAUCCUUACAUUUGUAAUCCUUAAAAUAUUUGCUACUUCUAUUGUUUUUUUUAAGGUGGCCUUUAAAUAAUUGUUCAACUUGGUACUGUUUUUUUAAAAGUCGUCAUUAGUUCAGAAGUGAAUUAGUCUGAAAAAGGCACCUGUUUAUUAUUACCAUUGUUUUUAUUGGUUUCAAUUAUUUAGUUAUAUGGCAUUUUGGUAUAUUUGUACUAUGUUUGUAAUCUAUGAUGUCUGAAAUGUUAGUUAAUAUAUAUUGUCAUGCUCCCUCCUUCACAGUGAAUUAGAAGUUGUACAAAUCUAUUAUGUAAGCAUCCUUAAAUCUCUUUCAUUAAAAAGGCAAAAGACCAUUAAAAAAAGAGCAGGUUUGAAUAUAUA